GAUUAAUUUUUGACCCCAUUUUUACACGCGCUGCGACGCCCACAAACAGCCCAGUUGCAUUGGAUUUGCAGCCUGGCGACAGCCCGUUGCUGCGCCAGUCGCUGCGGCAUAGCUUCCUUGCAAGCGUGCGACUUACUGCAGCAAGCCCAUGCAUCGGCUCCUCGCUACGCUGGCGUUCGCCGUCGCCGCGGCAGAAAUAGCGGACGUCGGCCCGGACGGCGACGUCCGAACGAACGAGUGGAUCAGCGUGCCGCUCAAAUUCAACGACAAGGACACGGUCGACGUCGCGAUUCAUUUGGAUGAGGACGCCGUGGCCGCGGCGUUGCGCUACGUCUGGGAUAUCGCCAAAAGGCCCGACGCCGGCUUUGCACGGAAAAUCGCCGACGUGCUCGAAGAGGCGUCAUCCGACACACCGGUGCCCGACGAUCGAGUACACGCGCUCGCGGGAUCGAACGCCACUAAACUAAAAACGGCAGGAAAACAUGUCAAACGUGCCGAAGAGGCAAGGGAGGACCGACCGAGAAGCGCCGCGGCCGACUAUUUAAGAGCCGCCCGGCGCAAAGGUAUUGAACGAUCAGUAGAAGAGCAGUACAUGAGGGAAGUUUCGACAUGUAUGCAGGAGGACCGGCAGCUCCAGGAACAGCUGGCCAAGGAGGCCCAGGAACGGGCUAUUUAUGAUGCUCGUUUAGCGCGGGAAAAGGCGUCGCGCGACGCCGCUGCACAAAGACGGAAGGCCGCCGAGGCCGGUCUACGGGCCUUGUUGGAUAGUGAAGAGCACACGGCGAAGCCCGGGGACGCCUUCGCGAGCAACGCGCGGAGCUGCGUGGCGUCGCGCUCGUGUUCGGUCGCCGAUCUGUUCCGGGGCGGGCACAAGUUUACAGGUGAUGCGAAGAGCGAGUUCGACGCGGCUCUUCAGUCUUUGGAUAGUGGCGGCGACGCCGAGGAGGCGUUGGCGCACAUCGCGCGCUGUGCGGCUGCCUCCGGGCCCGAGAACAAGGAGGCCGUCGAGAGCACGGCUCAAAGAGCUCUGGACGCGGCGGCGGCGGCGUCCACGGCCGUCGAUUCUCUACGUAAAGCCCUCGCCGAAGACAACGACAAUGCCAAAGGGGAUUGGAGCAGCGCCGCGGAGGCGUUGGCUCGUCUCGUAAGGAGUGGCCGCCCGCUCAAGUGGGCCGUCUGGCUCGCGCGAGCCCGUUUGGUGCUAGGCGACGCGGGCGGCGCCGAACAGGUCGCAGGAGCUGCCUUACAAGCGUUAGAAAAACAUAAUCCGAAACUGAUGCGGACGCCCUUCGUGACGGGCGAGCCGAAGACGCUCGCGCUGACCAUUGGGGCAGCAGCAGCACUGGAAAGGGGUCGCCUCGACAAGGCGACUAGGUUUGUCCAAGCUGGUCUCAGGCACGACCCCGAUUCCAAACCUUUAAGGACGCAGUACGACGGGCUCAAGGAACUCAAGAGGAGGGUCGAAUCUAUUGAUAAGCAACUGAAAAAGGGGAUGGCCCUCAAGACGGUCGACUUGUUGGACGAGGCCUACGGCGCCCUGGACGCGCUGGGCGAGGAGUUCGAAGGGAGUCGCUUGGAGGCGUAUCGGGCGACGCUUUAUCUGCGGAGCUGCCACGCGUUUAGUCGCGUGAGACGCCAUGAGCUGGCGAAGCCGGCCUGCGACGCUGCGGUCCAACAGGACGAGGGUGUCGAAGCCUACGCGGCUCGAGCGGCGGCUCUCGAGCGGGACGACGCCUACGACGACGCGGUGCGCGACUGGCGCGCCGCCGUCGAGGCGGCCGGUGGGGAAAGGGCUGAGGCAGAACGACUGCAGUGGACCGACGACGCGGGCGACGCUUUCGAUCUAAGAAGGCGGCUGAUGGACUGCCGGCGGCUCGAGGACCAGUGGGAGAAACGUAGAGAUCAUGCCCGUGUUCUAGACCUGCCGGCCAACGUCCUGGAUUUGCGGAAAGAAUCCAAAUGCAAGUGGCUCAAGAAGCAACAUAAAAAACUGGCGCGGCUGUGGCACCCGGACAAAGCUCGGGGCGAUCGGUUAAGAGCCGAGCGGAAGAUGCGCGAGGUGUCCGAGGCGAAGGAGGCGCUCGUCGCGGCGUACGGGUGUUAGAUCUAUGUGUAACCUUAAUA